CUCCCCCUCCUUAGACUCCAAGAUCCCCAGCCCCCUCCAUCUCGUGUUUUCUCCUCACUUGCGUUGCCAAGUUAAACAAGCAGAUUGUGGACUCAAGGCAUCCUGGGCCGGGGUGUGAGUGCCCCUGCCAACCUUGAACCAUGGCCACACUAAGCAUGAAGCCUGGUGAGCGCUUCCGGUACCCUGACUGGCACAUUAACAGCUACCUGCUUUCCACUAAUGCUGAACGGCAGAGAGAUGCCUCCCACCAGAUCAGACAAGAGUGCCGAAUUCUCCGCAAUGAGACCAACAGCCAGACCAUAUGGGAUGAACAUGACAACCGGACCCGCCUAUCAGAACGCAUAGACUCUGUUGGACGAUGGAAGGAGAUACUAGAUAAAUGUCUUACUGACAUAGAUGCUGAGAUCGACGCCAUGACACAGAUGAAAGAGGCAGCAGAGAGGGCCCUGCAGGCCAAGAACGUCCCUCUAGAUGUGGCAAUUGAGUGCCUAACACUGCGGGAGAGCCGACGGGACAUCGAUGUGGUGAAUGAUUGUGUGGAGGAUGAGCUGCACAAGGAGGUAGAGGUGAUCGACUGUGCCAGGGAAGCCCUGCAGCAGAAGAUCAGAGAUACCUUUGAGCAGCUUUGCCUUCUUCAAGAGGCAAGGCAACAAUUGAACUUUGACCAUCGAGCCAAGAUGGAAUCAUUAGAGAUCGAUCGCGUCUGCCUCUCACUCAAUGUUCACUCCCCCAAUAUCUCCCUAAAGGUCAACCCCACCCGCAUUCCCAAUGGCUCCUGCACGCUACAGCAGUGGGAUGACUACAGCCGGUACAACAAGGACCGAGCAGAGGCUGAGAGGAAGGCUUCUGCAGAUCUGCGUGAGGCUACAGCCCUCACCAUUGCUGAGACCAACAACGAAUUGGAAGCCCAGCGCGUGGCCUCAGAGUUUGCCUUCAGAAAGAGGAUGCGAGAACUAGAGAAGGUCCUGAAUGAACUCAGGUGGCAGGAGAAAAAUGCCUUGGAAGAAAUUGCAGAAUUGGAGGAGGACAUCCGACGGCUAGAGGAAGAUCUACGCAUAAAGAUGCGGAAUCUGAAGCUAGCACACACACGGCUGGAAACCCGAACAUACAGGCCCCAUAUGGAGAUGUGCAGGGACCAGGUACAAUAUGGGCUAACUGAUGAAGUGCACCAGCUAGAAGCUACCAUUGCUGCCCUGAAGCAGAAGAUGGCCCAAUCACAGGAUGCCCUAGAUGCCCUUAACAAGCACCUGGCCCGAAUCCAGGCUGACAUUGCUUGCAAGUCCAACUCCUUGCUGCUGGACACCAAGUGCAUGGACACCCGCCGCAAGCUGACAGUACCAGCUGAGAAGUUCGUGCCAGAGGUAGAUACUUUUAACCGAACCACCAACCGCACUCUGUCCCCACUCAAGAGCCGGCAGCUGGAGCUGGUUUAGUGCCUCCACCUCUGGGGGCCAUGGGAACGGGAACGAGAGAGUCUAAGUCCAA